CCCGCCUGCGUCCCGUGCUUCCUGGGUGCCGCAGUGGAGUUGAGGCUUCCAGCUCAGGGCGGUGGGUUCGCCAGCGCGCGCUGGUUACGAGCGGGAGAUGUUGGAGAGUUUGCGUGAGCGACUCCUGAGCGUCCAGCAGGAUUUGACCUCCGGGCUGAAGAUCUUCAGUGACAAAUCAAGAGAAGCUAAAAUAAGUAAACAGAGGACUGCACAGAGUUUACCAAAAUUUUCUGCUGGUUUAGUUUUGCUGAGUAGGUAUGAAGAUUCUUGGGCAGCACUUCACAAAGGAGCAAAAGAGUGUGCAAAAGCUGGAGAGCUGGUAGAUAGUGAAGUUGUGAUGCUUUCUGCCCACUGGGAGAAAAAGAGAAGUAGUCUUUUGGACCUUCAAGACCAGCUCCAACAAAUUCCAGUAUUUCUGGCAGGCUUGGAAUCUACAACAGCUAGCCUGAUCCAGUUGGAAGCACAUUUUAAAGAAAUGGAGCAUCAUUUAUUAUAUCUUGAGGAUCUUUGUGGACAGUGUGAAUUGCAAAGAUACAAGCAUAUGCAAGUAUUACAGCUUGAAAAUUACAAGAAGACAAAACGGAAAGAACUUGAAAUCUUCAAAGCUGAACUUGAUGUAGAGCAUGUUCAGAAGGUGCUGGAUAUGGAGCAUACCCAGGAAAUGAAGCUAAAGGAGCGGCAGAAAUUCUUUGAAGAAGCUUUCCAGCAGGACAUGGAACAAUACCUCACCACAGGCUAUCUGCAGAUAGCUGAAAGACGGGAGCCAAUAGGGAGCAUGUCUUCUAUGGAAGUGAAUGUGGACACGUUGGAACAAAUGGACCUUGUGGAUAUGUCUGAUCAAGAAGCCUUAGAUGUCUUCCUUAAUUCAGGAGUAGAGGACAGUACUUUAUUAUCUGCUACAAUAGGGUCAGACUCCAGCACCCAUCAAAAUGAAAUCAGUGUUCAGGUUCCCAUUGAGUCAGAGCUGGGCAAGAAGUUCUCUUCAGAAGCACCCUGGACAGACUCUGCUAGCCAAGAUGCCGGUGAAGGAGAAUCACCUGUGAUCCAAUCAGACGAGGAAGAUGUGCAAGUGGACACUGCUCUUGUGAAUACAGAAAUGAAGAGCCCUUCUGAUAUUAGCGAUGAAAGUGAUUAACAAACAGAUUCAGUCUUAUCACAGCGCUCUAUAGGAAUUAAGUCUGGAGUGAAUGAGGAAAGAAAUGAUUGGCAGAGCUUGUGUGUUGUUUUAUCUUCAGAGAGAUAACUGUAUGCAGUCAUGUAAAAUACCUGUUUUUAUAUUAAAAACAUUCUGAAAGCACAUCCAUUAAGCAAUAAACUCUUGCCUUUGGAACAAGA